CUGCUCCAACAAGUUGAAUGAAUUUUUUUUAUUUAAAAAAUCUAAGAGAGAUUUACUAAUCUCUGGAUUAUGUUAUGAAAAUUAAUGACAGCUCAUGAAUAUUCUCAACAAAACGUGUCUUAAACGCAAUGAAAAAUUAUAAAUAUUUGACAUAUCUCAUAUUUGAUUGGGUUUUUGGUCAACUUCAUCAGUUGUGUUACCAUAAAUUUCGAUGACAUAAUUAGUUUGACAAAUUUAUCAAUGCCACAUGCUUCAAUUAUGAUUAUUUGAGGUCUAAUAAGUAGUCAUUUUACUGACAUGUAACUACAUAUUUAUAAUCAAUUGGCAGAGUAUUAAAGAAUGGAACUUAGAAUUAAUGAAAAAACAUUUCUGAAUGAUUAAACAUAAAAAUUAUAAUAAAUUUAGAACAGAAUAUUCUGAAGAAAUAAAAUAUUCUAAACAGCUUAUUCCAUCUCUGACGGGGCAAAAUGUCGCUCGUGCGGAAUUUUGUGGUGACCCUUGCUCGCAACCGGUUCGCCGCCAUCAGGCAGUCACCGCUCGGUGGGAAAAAGCAGAAUUUGCUGUUGGGCUUCAUAGGCUGUCGGCUUGUGUCCACCCACCAUGUCACCAAGAACAUGGAGCUCAUCACCGCAGACUCACGACCACCGACCCUGGAAAAAUUGGAGCACGAUGGCAAGCCCAAUGAGAAGCCCCUCCUGGUGCUCCUCUCGUGGCUCAUGGCAAAGCCAAAGCACGUGAGGAAGUACGCUCAACUGUACUUGGAGCAGGGUUUCGAUGUAAUGCACGUGGGUUCAACACCCUGGCAGAUAAUGUGGCCAGUAAAAGGGACAAGACCCAUCGCCUACGACUUGCUGGCCUUCCUCGAGCAGAACUCCAAAAAUUACCAACAAAUAAUGAUCCACGGUUUUUCCGUUGGUGGAUACAUGUGGGGAGAAUUAUUGACCUACGUCCAUCAAGAUCGUCAUCGAUACGAUCCCCUGAUGGAAAGAGUCGUUGGCCAAGUGUGGGACAGCGCCGUCGACGUCAGUGAAAUGUGCGUCGGCAUACCCAGAGCUGUUUUCAAAAAUAAUGCAGUGAUGCAAAAAAUUCUUGAGAAAUAUUUAGAGUAUCAUCUGAAAACAUUCUACAAUCAGGCGACCCAGUACUACAUCAGAUCCAGCCAAAUGUUUCACACAAAUUUAGUCAAGUCACCGGCGCUCUUUCUGAUGAGCAAUACUGACACUGUUGGAACUGUUGAGAGUAAUAUGAGGGUUCGAGACUCCUGGGAAUCGAUGGGAACACCUACGUACGUCAAGAUCUUCGAUAAAUCACCGCACGUUGGACACUUUCAAAAGUACCCGAAGGAAUACACUCACGAGCUAUACACAUUUCUCAACAUGCUGAAGAUGGUAAAGAAUGAAGAUAAACUUCGUGCGCGUCUGCAGAAUUGACGUAGCCUUGAGGUCUGCUCGAAAUACGAGACGUAAACUAAGCUGCAGCAUUGGCUCUCGUGUUGUUUGACUUUUUGAAAGGGAAUACGACUGUUGGAUAAGCAAUCAAGUGCCUUAAGCUGUUACUUCCCCUCGAGUCUUCUUUUCGUAAUGGCUAAAGUCAGGAUGUUUCGUCUUCUAGAGGAAAAAUUGUUCGCUAAAUUUGUUACUUCAACUUUUUACCCCAUAAUCAAUCGAGAUCGAUGAAUAGGCUAUACAUUAUGUCCAAUUAUUCAGCCAUCAGCUGGGGAAUAAAUAAUUUUUUUACUGUGAUGUACUACAUGUUGAAUAAAGGUGAAAUGAAAGCCAA